CGUCACAGAACUACUACUUAUCCAGAACUUGAUCUUGCCCUUAAAGAGUUUGUGCUGAUUUAUCAGCAUCAAACUGUUUUAAGUGAUGCUUUGCUUAUCGAAAAAGCAAAAGCACUUGCUGAUGGAGAGGCUGCGUCUGCUGAUGAGGUAGCAAUUGAUGAAAUGUUGCUUUUGAUAAAAGAUAAGUGUGCAAAUUACCCUAUUGAAAGAAUUUACAACAUGGAUGAAACGGGUCUUUUCUAUCGGUUGGAACCUGAUAGAACAUUGGCAACUCAACGUCUUUCAGGACGUAAAAUAAGCAAGGAACGCCUCUCAAUUGCACUUU